CCCAUCCCUUGGCCCUGGCGCAGGGGCAGGGUGCGGCUGGCCUGGGCGGCCGCUCUUCCCUCUUCCUCCCGCCUCAGGGCCUCGGCAGAGCCUGGCGCGUUCUGCCACCUUGAUUUCACCGCUCGCCCGCCCGGAGAGGACCGGUCAGGGCUGCCGGACUCAGCUGUGUGCUAUAUUUCAAUGGAAGGGACUGAGUCCCGACAGCGGAGGCUGGAAGGCUCUGGCAGGCUAAAGGAGUUGGGGCUACCACCUGCUCAGAACACAGGAAGACUAGCAGAGGUUUCAGAAGAUGGACAUCUGGGGACUUCUGACAGCCAAAGUGUAUGUCCCAAACCACUGGAGGCUGAACCCAGCAGGGAGACUGCCUUAUCCAUUGGCCUGCAGGUGGCAAUGCCCUUCAUGUUUGCUGGCCUGGGGCUGGCCUGCGCUGGCUUGCUUCUCAACUACUUUCAGCACUGGCCUGUGUUCAGGGAGGUUAAGGACCUGCUGACAUUGGUGCCACCCCUGGUGGGCCUGAAGGGGAACUUGGAGAUGACACUGGCAUCUCGACUCUCUACAGCUGCCAACACUGGACAAAUCGAUGACUCUCAGGAGAAGUUCAAGAUCAUUAGCAGCAACCUUGCAGUUGUCCAGGUGCAGGCCACCGUGGUAGGGCUCCUGGCUGCCCUGGCAUCCCUGCUGCUGGGUGCAGUGUCCCGAGAGGAGCUGGACUGGGCCAAAGUGGCACUGCUGUGCACGAGCAGCGUCAUCACUGCCUUCCUUGCUGCCUUUGCCCUAGGAAUGUUGAUGGUUUGCAUAGUGAUUGGUGCUCGGAAGUUUGGGGUCAACCCAGAUAAUAUUGCCACGCCCAUUGCAGCCAGCUUGGGAGACCUCAUCACCCUGUCGAUUCUGGCUCUGAUCAGCAGCUUCUUCUACAGACACAGAGACACCUGGUAUCUGAUGCCACUGGUCUGCAUCGGCUUCAUGGCUCUGACCCCUCUGUGGAUCCUCAUUGCCAAACAGAACCCACCUGUCAUGAAGAUACUCAAGUUCGGGUGGUUCCCCAUCAUCCUCGCCAUGGUCAUCAGCAGCUUUGGAGGCCUCAUCCUGAGCAAAACUAUUUCUAGACAUCAAUACAAAGGCAUGGCUGUCUUGACCCCCAUCAUAUGUGGUGUUGGUGGCAACCUGGUGGCCAUUCAGACCAGCCGGAUCUCCACCUUCCUGCACAUGUGGAGCAUACCUGGGGUCCUGCCCCUCCAGAUGAAAAGAUUCUGGCCUAACCCAUGUUCUACUUUCUGCUCCUCAGAAAUUAAUUCUGUAUCAGCCCGAGUCCUGCUCUUUCUGGUGAUACCAGGCCAUCUGAUUUUCUACUACCUCAUCUAUCUGGUAGAAGAUAAGUCAAUGACGAACAGCAAGAUCUUUGUGCUGCUGUAUCUGGUGGCAAGCCUGAUCCAGGUGAUCAUCCUGCUGUACCUUGCAGAAGUGAUGGUUCGACUGAUCUGGCACCAGGCCCUGGAUCCUGACAACCACUGUAUCCCCUACCUCACAGGCCUGGGGGACCUACUGGGCACUGGCCUCCUGGCGCUGUGCUUCCUCCUGGACUGGUUCCUCAGAAGCAAAGCAGAGUCGGCUGGCUUCUUAGAACUGGCCUCUGUGCCUCCCUGACUGAGCCUGCCAGCUGUAGCUCUCAGCGGAACUUUCCCUCACACCAACAGUGUCUGGCAUGCCGUUCCUCCUGCUGGGGCCUAAGGCUGGUAGACAUCUGCCUGGGUAGUGGCCUUGUCAGACUGCCAAGGAGAUGAGCAUAUACCUUGAUUCUGAAGUUGGUAGCUGAGCUUGAGACAAGGCAAUCCUGAAAUCAGAAGCCCUGCUUGCAAGUGUGUGAGUGAUUGGAUUGCCUGUGUGAAUGUGCAUGUAUGUGUGGCGGGCAGGAUGUUCUGACCUGAAGACACUGAGGAAGAUGCAUGUGGAGCUGGUGUCCAUGCAGCCUGGAUGAGGCAGAGCAAGGAGCUCAUUUGCAACCCCAGGUCUCAGGACUGCCCACACCCUGGCUUGACUGCUGCAGUCACUGGAUUCAGUUCUUUGGGCCCCACUAUUGGUGCACCCCGCAAAUGUGUACCCCGUGAAUGUGCACCAUCCCCUGGUAGGCCCUGAGCACAGCUCAUCUGCACCCAGCAUUUCGUUUGGUCAUUGCUUUCUUUAUAUUUUCCCUUUUCUCCAUUUUUAUAGUCCAAUGCUCUGUGUAGGUUUCAGUGACCAGCGAUGUAUAAUAAAGCA